AUGCGUGUUUUUGAGCCUCAGUUCCGCGCCUAUCUCACCCAGGACAGGGCCUCACCCGUUGAACACUAUGGUGCAAAAGAUCCACAUGCGCUGGGGGGAGACGGCGUUGUGUGAGUCAUGCGGUUUUGCUGAAUGCAGGCUAUCUUCUCGAGUAUAAUGGUCAGCUGGACGAGGGCGGCGAGGCUGCCUUGAGAGAUCCCCACCAAUGGCAGAAGCGGUGGUUCCAUCUCAAGGUGCAAAGACGAGGGGCGUCUCAGCCACACAUUCUCGUGUCUCUCGGUGCAGGGCAACCUCCUGUUUGUGUGCGACUCGCACACCCAGCUGACGAAUCUAGCGUGCCUGCUGCUCGAAGGGUGCCAAAUCAGCAAGAAAGAUCUACUGGAGGAGGAACAUCCCUACGGUAUCAGACGAAAGCAGACGCAUGCACGCUGUUCUCCACAAUUUUCCCCUCCUUACAGGCCUUUCAUUCGAGUGGCAUGACGACGCCAUUCAGCUCUUCUCCCUCAGUGACCAGCCGAACGAUCGGGACGCCUGGUUUGCGGCAUUGGAAAGGUGUACACUGACCUACUGCCACGGCCGGCUGACGUCUGCCACUGAGCGGCUGAAGGACGAGGAGGAAGCUGCUGCCCGUCUGUUGAGGGAGAACAGGGCGCUGACGCGUGAGUGCCGGUCGCUGCGGAGCCAGAUCGCGUGCAAUCGGCAGGGGCAGAUGGUGCGCAUGUGCGACGGAACAGAACACGAGAGGUGACACACAGAGACACACACAGAGAGAGACGUAGAGUAGAUGCGAAAGCGUCCUUCCGUGUUGUGAUGCAGGCUGAUUGGCCGUGUCCUGGAGCUAGAACAGCAACUGGAUGACAUCCAGCAUAGCGGACAGGCGGCGUGGCACGAGCCAACAAUGCCACCACCACCACUAUCGAAGGAGCAGCUGCUCUCCCAGGCUCUGCAGCAGUCACACGAGAAGGUCAUUCGCCUCCACCGGAUUUGCCGCAACUUUACUCACCACCUGGCUCCCCCGGUGGCUGCUGAGGUCUCCUUCCUCCUCGAUAAUAUCAGCACGGACACCCCAGCUUUACCACUGCAGAGGACACAACCUGUUGUUGCCUUGGUGCAACCGAUAACCCCGCCUUACUACCAGCCGACGGCACACACGCUAUCAGCAGAAAUGCAGAUGCCGAUCUACAGUGGCCAGACACAAACGUUUGUCCCUCCUCCCGUGGCAGCAACCGGCCCAUCGCCAUCGGUGACCCACCUGCACACCGGCUCUCUAUCGUCCCCUCCUGCGCCACCAGCCGUGUCUCGACAGCCGCCCUCCACGCCUCAGUGGGGGUCGUGUCUCCCCGACCUCUCCCCAUGUAUCUACCCGAGAGAAGAGGCAGCCGCCGCACCCGAAGCCCUCUCGUUCAGCCUCCUGCCCCAACCUGCGCCAAGAAAUGUGCCUGUGCUGCCGGAAGUCACCCCUUCCCACCCCAGCAACAUUCGACAGAUGAUGGCAGGCGCAACGCAGGAAGACAGAGGCGGGACAAAGGUGUCCUCUCCUUUCGUGGAUAGUGGCGGGGAUCCGGAGAGUGCGGAGGACGGCACGAGGAGCGAUCCUGUGACGGGGCAGCCUGUGAGAGCGCAAAUAGAGCCGGAUCGAUGGCAGCAGACUGGGUUAGAUGAAGAGCUGGAAGUCGACAAGGAAGAGGCGGAAACACGGGACAUUCGACCAACGCGAGACAGGGAACGACCAACCACAGCCGACGAUCACCACAGAAGAGAGCCGACGGGGGCUGGCACUCGGCCUUCAUCUCCCCCUCAACCCAAGCGUCCGGCUAAAGACCGCCCUCCUCUCCCGAAAUCGAGGCCGCCGCCGAAGCACCCUCCACCUCGCACCACAGCCCCUGAUCGGCCUGCCACCGCCUCAUCGCCACCACGGAGACGGCAAGACGACGCCAAUGAGACACUGGUCUCACGACCAGCAGCUGAUUCGGAUCGCCAGUCGAUGAGAAGGGGCGAUCAUGUUGAAGGUAGGAGGCGCCAUGGAGAGCGAGAAGAAGAAAGAGAGCAGCACUCGCAUGAAGAGUUGGACUAUCGAGAGCCGUCAAGCGAGGAGACUGGUGAAAGCGAAAUUUCUCAAGUGAGACAUGAAGGACGCCGGCCUGGUACCUCGAUUCGCCAUGAGCACAGAAGAGGAGAACAAGGCAGGGAGCAGCGGAGUGACCAGGACAGCCAGUACAGCGGCAGCUACAGCUAUGGCCAUCCACAUGAGCGGCGGAGGCAGGACAAGCGCAUGCAAAAGAAACCAUCGCAUCCGGAAGAUGAGCCCGCGACACAAGAGAGCCACCAGGGAAGGAGAACCAUGGCGGACAAGAGGACCACCGCUAAGGAGAGGAAACCAUCUCGCCGCCGUCACACUGGUCCUGCAGCCUUUCCCAGCGAGCCGCCGGCCCUCGAGCACAUGCGCACCUUCCCCCCUGAUGAACUGAAGCAAGUGCAACCGCCCGUCGGCGGAGGGCAGGAGUUCAUGACUGUCCACAUGCCGACAUUCACUUCCCUCCUCGCCGAGCUCAACAAGACCAAGAAGCCGUCAGGACGAGACAAGAAGGAAGACAAGAAGAAGACGCGAAAGGAAAGCCCCGCUGUUGUGCAAGUGGACCAGCAAAUGCCCCCACUCUUGUGGACAGGGGGAGACGAGCAGCAAGCAGAGAGGCCGGCUCUGCCAUCCACCCCGCCACCAGCACUCAUCCAGGAAACCCAGCCGCCUCUUGUCCACGCCCCAGCGAGCCAAUCAUGGGACCGCUUCUCUGUGAGGUUCUCCCCUACUGAUGAUACCCACAUGCAGCCCAACCAAUGGAAGAGGGGAAAGGGGACACAGACGGGGCGUGCCGAUGUGCAGCUGGUGGGUGUGGGGGGCAGCGACGGGUGUGUGUGGAGGAGGCCGCCUGAUGCGAGUGGCUGUACGAGGACACAUCUGCUGUGGGCGCAGUGAACUUGAUUGGGUGGAGCUCUUCAUCUCCUUGUGCGAGAAGGUGUGGGCGUGUAUGCGUGUGGCUGUGUAUGUAUGUGCUUUUGUGUACAUAGAGACUGACAGUAUAUUUGUAG